AACCGGAAGCUCGCUUGACGUUUGUAUCUGCGGGACCCUCCGAGCUGUCACAACAAGCGUCAGUCUGCGUCUCUGCCUUUGCCCACAUGUCUAACAGUACCGUACUUUACUCAUGAGAAACCCACUCGUGAUUAAGGUGCUGGUUUACCGGAGAUUUUGCCAGAGUUAAACAGAGUGGAGAUGUUUUGUCUUUAAGCGGAGCUCGGUGGUCGUGAAGGCUGAAGAGAGGAUUACCGUUUCCUGACACAAUCUGACAGUUUAACCGUCUGACGGUUGGUCGCGGUGUUUUUGUCUUUUGACUGAGACAAAACCUCACAACGUGUCGAGGAGGCACCGUGGAAUGCAGGAUUUACUGUAAAGUUUAAAGACCGGGGUGCAAAGCAGAUUCUAAAGUCAUGUCUCGUAGGAGUUCUCGCCUGGUGUCCGGCGGCUACUAUAAUUCAGAUGACGAAUCCGAUUCGAGUAGCGUGACAAACAUAUCCUACCGUGAAAACCCUGUCAAGGUUUUCAAGAAGAAGGCGGGGACGCGCAAGGCCCGUACCCCCAAUACAGCAAGUAACAAUGCUAGUUCUGGCAGCCCUGAGACGCCGGUCACUGCAGGUCUGAGUCCUUCUCCCUUGACUAUUGAGACCCAGUCGACCCCGAAGACCUAUGUUUCCACCAUUGCCACCCCUCGGCCUGCCUUGACACCAUCUGCAAGUCGGAGUCAGACGCCUAUCCGCUGCCCUACAGAACCUCAAGAGAAGAGUCCCGACGCUUGGCUCUGCAGCUCCAGCAGACCAGGAUUACACCCCAGACCCGGCCACAAGGAGUUGAGUCAGAGCAGUGUGGACAGCUCAGGCUACUCGUCCUCCGAGGGCCCUCAAAAAAAGCCAACAGCCGCAGCAGCCGCAGCAGCCAGCAGCGUCAGUGGGAUCCAUGGUAAUGGUGGGACUGUUGGAAACAGAAUCAGCAGUGCCUUCUUUAGUCUGAUGGACUCGGUCUCAUUUAUGGCCAUUGCAGUACAAUCAAAAAUAAUGCAUCUGGCAGCUUUAGCUAAUACGUCACUUAGCAGUCACAUGAAGAAGGCCUGUGCUCUGUUUCUCCUCCUCCUCCUCUUACUUCUAUGUGUUUGGUUCCUCCUCCCUUUGUUGACCUCUCUCAUGUCCCGCAUGACUGUCACAAAGAUCCCAUCACAGACAAAACCCGAGAGUCAACCUAUUAUCCCUGCCACUCCUCCUCAGCUCAACACCAUCCAUCCGACACCCGUGGUGGAUCCAGCCAUUGUCUCUGCUGCUGUAGAAGUGAAGAUGCGACGUGUGCUGGAGGAGCUGCAGCUGAAGCAGGAACGCCUUCUCACUCAGAUGAAGGAGAGACUACAGCUGGACAUGCAGAACAUGAAAGCCAAUCUUGAGCUUGUGGACUCAGACAGUCGGCUGCGUCUGGAGCAGGAGCUUGCAGAGUUGGGCAGGCAGCUGAUGAAUUAUCAGACAGAGAGCCGCUCUGCUGCUGCCAGCCUCAGCAUCCGGAUCCAAGAUUUAGAGGCCCAGAAUGCCAAGCUUGCACAGGAUUUGUCAUCCAUCCAGCAGAUGCCUCCUCCAGCCCCCUGUCCCGAUACAAGCACCAUCCCCGUCCUCAACCAUCUCACCCCAGAGCUUCAACAGGCCAUGGAGAAGUGGUUUACUGAACGCAUCAAGGAACACGAUGCUAUCAGGCUUUCUGAUAGAGGAAGCUGCUCCGACUGCGGACGUCCCAUGGCUGACAAAAUGCCCGACUUUGCACUGGAGACUCAAGGUGCCAGUGUGAUCAGUACCAGGUGUUCAGAAACGUAUCGUAUUCGUUCUGCAUGUAUGACCCUGUUUGGAUUCCCUCUGUGGUACCCGUCUGAAAGCCCACGCACUGUCAUUCAGGGCUACCCGGUGCUGCUCCCAGGGAAAUGUUGGGCUUUCCACGGUGUCCAGGGGACUCUUGUGAUCUCUCUGUCUCACCCCAUCAAAAUAACUCAUGUGACGCUGGACCACCUGCCGCGCUACAACUCCCCCACCAGCCGCAUUGACUCUGCUCCUAAAGACUUUGAAGUCUAUGGAAUGCAAAAUGACACAGAAGAAGGAACAUUGCUGGGAACAUUCACUUACGAUGAAAAUGGAGAGUCAACGCAGACAUUCAAGCUGCCUAGCCCCAGUGACGUGGUGUAUCGAUAUGUGGAGCUGCGCGUCCUCAGUAACUGGGGUCAUGUGGAAUAUACGUGUCUUUACCGCUUCCGUGUGCAUGGAAACAUCUCCACAUAAGGCACAGAGCUCAUUGACCAGGACACAGUGUGUCACUCCAUUUUCAAUGUAGACGAUUUUAAAAAAAGCUAAAUUCAAUUUGGUGGUCUGAGGGUGUUUUUCUUUUUUUUUUUUUUGGAGUGCUUUUUGUUAUAGAAACAGAAAUCGUAAGUGUUUUUCUGUGCACAAUUUAAAGUGCAUACUUGGCUUUGAAUAAAUGUACAGAAUGAAAUAUAAAAUACGUUUCUAAAAACCAAAACUCUACCUAGUUGAGCCAUUUGGGAGCAAAGAGUUCUGGCAACUUCAUGCUUUGGAUCACGUGAGUCCCACAGAAUAAUUUUUAACUUGUAUCAUUAUUGCAGAAAAUCAGUUGGGUGUUUAACGCCUUGCUCAAUUCGGAUAAGUAAAAUGAAAAGAGUGUGUUAAAAGUCCAGUGUGUAAGAUUUAGGGGGCUCUAUUGACAUAAUAUGGCAGAAAUUUAAUGUAGUAUUUAUAUUUGCAUAAUGAGACUUUUAUACGUACAGACGACGUGGGUCCUUGUGUAGGAGUCUGCCAUGUUAAGCAGUCAUGUUACUACGGUAACCUAGAACACACAAAGUAAACACUGGGCUUUUGCAUUUAUCAUGACCACCAUAGUUUCUUGUUCACACUGGGAAGGAAAUGGUGAGACGACGGGGUUGCAAUCAGCAACUACACCGCUAGAUGCCACUAAAUCCUACGCAGUGGUCCUUUAAUUAACUUUACUGACCCUGGUUGCAAGCUUGCACAUUUAAUGAAGUGACAUAAAGAGGAAAACUAUUUUCUAACACGCUCUGUCCAUUUUGGGGGACUAAAUUAAUUUCAUCAUUCAUUCAUUCAAAUAUUUAAUUCUUUUGCGAUAUAAAGAUCUAGAUUUCAAAUGGUUUAAACAGCUGUCUCGCCAUUUUUGACAUGUUGACUUUUGAUUUUUGGCUGUUGCUAAUGUGACUGAUGGGAUGUACCAUCCUAUGAAUGAUUGAUAGAAAUUCUACAGAUGGCAGCAGUGAUUGUUUUGAAUCAGUAUUGUUUAUUGUUGUUAAGUCCACUUUGAUUUAAUAUUCCUACGAAAGAUCAAAUAUGCAUCUUUGUUUUCUCUUUUAGCAAGUUUGAACUUGUUAGUUUGGAUUUCAUUACUGGUACUUGAAUACUUGAAAACCUCUUUUUCUAACCUCUUUGAAAGAUGUCAUGUUGACUUCAUGACACCUGUUUUUAUUCACCUGUACAUAUAACACUUGCAUUUUGUAUGAGCUAAACAACCAGGAAAGAAAGGUGUUAUUUAUUUGUAAAAUUAGAAUGUUGAUUUAUGAAUUCAUGUUUCGAUGUGUAAAACCAUUAAGUUUACCUUUCAAUAUCUCUAAAAUAUAGUACAGUACCUGUUCACACUGCACACAUCAGGACUGUGUAUGCCAAUGUCAUUUGUAUAUUCUUUGUUUGUUUGUUUGUUUGUUGUACAGUACAUUUAGUCAAAGAAAUGAUAGUAAAACAUAAGGUUCUUGAUCUUAUUAUGAAGUGCACUAGAGGUGAAUACAGGUAAAACCCACCAUUUUAUCUUUUCCUCUAUUAGAUAUACAUUAGUCUUAAAGGACAAAUUAUACAGAGAAGCUAUUCUGAUGAUUCUUUUGAGUGGUGUGUGUGGUGGAUAUAAAUUAUUUUGAUAUGAUUUGUGCAGGUUACAUACAUUUUUAAUCUUAACGUAUUGCAUUUUGUAUUUAAACUGAUUUUGACUUUCUUUUGACUUUGGUACCAUUUGAAUAUUAUUUUAAUUAUACUUAAUUAAAUACCCUGAUUAUGCAUAACCAUGAAUUCAUAUUUCCAGUGCUUAAGAAUCAUCCUCAUCAUGAAUGUGCUUUGUUGAAUUUAAACUCAACUUGCUUUUUAGAUGCAGAUGAUGUCAAAGUGUUGUACACACUGUACACAAGACAGCACAUCUUAUAUACCUACCUAAAAGAGGUGUUUUCAUAUUUGAAAGCUGUUGAACAGCUUGUACAGUCCUAAUGCUUGAAUCUAUGUGUAUAUGUGCUCUUUCCUGAACACGCAAUACAGACAGUGUAAUUCUUUUACAUUCAUGUUAGUAUAAAAUCGUACAAGCAACACAGAGGGCAUUGUUCAAUUUAUUAGAAUUAAUCAGGUUCUGAAUAAAAGAAAAAAAACCCUCAAGGACAACUUAAACCAUAAAUUCAUUCAUUGUCGUUGUUGAGUAUUGUUUUCUCUUAUUUUCAUCAAUUAAACAGAUUAAUGUGUCAGA